GGGCGGGGAGGCAGGUCCGGGCGGCGCGGUCCUCCCCGGCGCACAUCCGAGUCCGCGCCCCGAGGAGGCGGCGCCGCGAUGCAGCGCUCCCGGGCGGCGGCGCUGGCCGUCAGGGUGGUGUACUGUGGAGCCUGAGGCUACAAGCCCAAGUAUCUUCAGCUCAAGCAGAAGCUGGAGGAUGAGUUCCCCGGACGCCUGGACAUCUGCGGCGAGGGGACGCCCCAGGUCACCGGGUUCUUUGAAGUCAUGGUAGCGGGGAAGCUGGUUCACUCUAAGAAGGGCGGCGACGGCUACGUGGACACGGAGAGCAAGUUCCUGAAGCUGGUGGCCGCCAUCAAGGCCGCCCUGGCCCAGGCCGUGUGUCCCGAGGGCGGAGCCCCGUGACCUUGGCCCAGCCCCUCCCGGCAGACGCUUCAUGACGGAUGGACUGAAAUGUCUCCAGACGCCGGUCUCUUCCUGAUGUCCUGCAGCUGCCGGGCUGACAGCCCCUGGUCUUCACCUGUGUGAAUGUGAGUGUGUGUGUGUGUG